AUGGAAGCCCAAGGGAUCAGAGAAGAGCCGUUCCCCGCGCGGAGCAAACAAGAGGCGGGCACAGUGAACGGCGUUCCAACAGAAGUCACUUCAGUGUCCUUUUCUGACAAGUUCAUGGUGACAAUCUCACAAGAAGGCAAGCUCUCACAAUGGAUCCAAGUACCUCUACAAGCAUCAUCAGGCGGCAUGGUCGACCUGAGCCUGCCGUCAAGCAGCAGGGGACUGCUCCCUUCGGUCCACCUCACGCCCACUACUCUUCUCGGUGGGGGCGGUGAUGAGAGAGAGACACUUGGACAGCUCUACGCCGCGCAGAUUGCCAGUCUCAUCUCUACCAGAGACCCCGAAGAUCGCAGGACGCUGGUUCUGGGGUUGGGACUUAGCAAGGUUGAUACCGAGAGGGAGGCCUUCUUUGACACAGUCGAGCUGGUUCAGAAGGUUCUCUAA